UAUUUAUUCUAUCUUUCAGGACACUGUUGUACUCUUCUGAAUCUCACGCAGCUCAGCUCAGCUCACUCCCGUCCACAAGGAGUCUUUAAGUAUCACGUGCUGCAACAAUGUCGAAAGAUGUACCACGCGAGCCAGAGCAGCUUCGUAAGCUGUUUAUUGGAGGUCUGAGCUUCGAGACUACAGAUGAAAGCCUGAGGGCUCAUUUUGAGCAAUGGGGGAGCCUUACAGACUGUGUGGUCAUGAGGGACCCCAAUUCCAAAAGGUCCAGGGGCUUUGGCUUUGUUACAUACUCCUCUGUUGAUGAGGUUGAUGCUGCAAUGACUGCCCGCCCCCACAAGGUUGAUGGGAGAGUGGUUGAACCCAAACGGGCUGUUUCCAGAGAGGACUCAAACCGACCAGGAGCCCAUGUGACCGUAAAAAAGAUAUUUGUUGGUGGCAUCAAAGAAGACACAGAGGAGUCCCACCUGAGAGAUUACUUUUCUCAGUUUGGCAAAAUCGAGGUCAUUGAUAUCAUGACCGACCGUAACUCUGGAAAGAAGAGGGGCUUUGCCUUUGUGACGUUUGAUGAUCAUGAUUCAGUCGACAGGAUUGUUAUCCAAAAAUACCACACUAUCAACUCUCACAACUGUGAAGUGAGGAAGGCUCUCACGAGGCAAGAGAUGCAGACAGCAGGAAUGGGUCGUAGCAGCAGUGGAGGAGGCGGAGGUGGAAGGCCCUAUGACUAUGACAGAGGCUUCAGCCCGAGUGGUAGGGGUCGCUAUGGUGAUGGUCCUUACAAUUCCAAUGGUGGUGGUGGUGGUGGUGCCAACGAUGGUGGUGGCGGCGGCAGUGGGGGUGGAUAUGGAGGUGGGCCAGGCGGAUACAACAAUGGUGGAAACCGAGGGUAUAACCAAGGAGGUUACAACCAAGGUGGUGGUGGCGGCGGCGGCGGUGGAGGAGGUGGUGGCGGAGGCGGUGGCUAUGGAGGAAAUGGUUAUGAGAGCAAUGGCUAUGGUAACUGUGGUGGUGGUGGUGGUGGUAGUAGCGGAGGUGGAGGAGGUGGCGGUAAUAAUUACAACAAUAUGGGCAACUACGACCCCCAGGCCUCCAACUUUGGCCCAAUGAAAAACAACUUUGGUGGUGGCGGUGGCGGCGGCAGUGUUGGAGGAGGAGGAGGAGGAGGAAGGAGCUUUGGUGGUGGCUAUGGAGGUGGCUCAAACAACGGUGGUGGAUAUGGUCGUUCGGCACGAUUCUGAAUGUGAAGUGGACUGAGUACUUAGGAGAGGAGAGCAAGGAGAGGAGAGCAAGAGAAGUGACAGGGCAGCUGCAGGUUUACGUCCUAAAUCUGCUCAGCCAAACAGUUGUGGCAGGUUACUGCUGCUGCAAGAAGAGAUGUACAGUAGAUAAAUCAUGGAGGGUCUUCACUUAAACAUUUUGUGUUUUUAUUUUUUAAUCGAAAUGUGUAUCUGGAAAGCAAGCAUUCCAAUGAGAUUUUAUGUAGAUUUCUUUUUCUUUGAGUCUGGUUUUAUUUGUAUCUGCAUCAAAUCAAGCUGAAAUAAAGCAUCUUUCAGUUUUUUUACAA